GUCUAGUUCUUUAUAACUACUUAGUCACUAUCCGCCUCUUCCUUGUUUACUCACGCGAUGACUUUGUAGGACAGAUUCUGAGAUACAGUGCAGAUCUACCGUUCAUGGGAGUACCUCAAUCUCCUCCCCUGCAAAGUCUCCUACCAAACGAAACCACACCUCUCCAAUGGCCACCCAACUACCGGCUGCGCUCAAGGCGGCAGACAUCUCUCGCUUCGCACACCGAGCGGCACAGCUUGAGAAGCCCAAGCCUAUCAUAGCCUACUGGUGUAUGGAAAAGAUCAAGCAGAGUUUCUGCGUGGUGGUGGACGUUUCAUGUUGACGCAUCGCACAGGUGAAUACUGGAUCAUCAAUCAGAUCCUCGCCAAAGGUCUACACAACACCGACCAAGAAUGUCUGGCUUAUACUACCACAUUGAUGGACAAGCUUGAACAAUUCAAAGCCGAACACGCCGAAGAAGCCGCCGUCACGGACGAUGUCGCCGGGAAAGCCUACGUGGAACAAUUUGGCCUGGAAACAUUCGAAAGAGCCGACAACGCGAUACGGGCCAACAAAGCCUCGAGGCAGACUGCAGAUACGUUUCAAGCGUCGGCCACUUUCCUCGAUCUGCUCCAGAUAUGGGGUCCUUUAGACACAGAGAUUGCCGCCAAGGUCAAAUACGCAAAAUACCACGCGUUGAGGAUAGCCAAAGCACUGAAAGCGGGCGAGGACCCCAACCUUUCCAACCCUAAACCGGAAGAGACUCCGGCCGCAGAAGAAGCUCUUCCCGAGCUGGAUCCAGACGACGCGGACGUGCGAGCGCUCGAGGGAAAAACACCAACUAAAAAGUCACGGCAGCCAUCGGUGGUCGAGGUGCCGGAUGAGGCUGAUCGGAUCCAAAAGAUGCUGGCCCAGAGAUCUCUUCAAGAUGAGUCACUGCACCCUUCGAGAGAAACGUCUAUGCCACCACCGCCGAUAAAGAAAGGUCGCCAACCUUCUGUCGUUGAAGUACCUGAUGAGGCAGACCGUAUACAACACAGACUCGCCCACCAGUCGGUAAUGGACGAGUCUCUCCAUCCCUCGCGUGCCCCGUCACUACCGCAAUCUCCAGGAAACGACGUAUCCCCAAUCGCCGCACAAGACGCGGCAGCCUUCUACACAAACCAGGCCGAACCGAGCGACAUCUCACCCCUAGACCCUCCCACGGAACGAAAGCAAUCUGUUGGGGGCAACUACUUUCCUCGCAUCCCUUCUCCGCCAUCGGCGCCGGCGCCUGGCCUACCUUCAUCUCGCACAGAAGUUGGCGGUCUACCUCCUGAAUUACUGCCUUCGGCACCAACAGACGUGGAUAUGGACCUCGGAGGAGGAGGAGACAGCGGUGCAGGCGCCGCAUCUUCUGACCUGCCAUCGGCAGCCCCUCCUCCCGACUCGACCUUGACCACAGGCCGAGGCGAACUCGCCGCGCUCAACAACCGAUUCCGACAAUCGCCUCCACCGCCACCACAUAGGCACGGCCAAUUCCUUCCUCAGGUCGACCCGGGCCAGACGACUCAGAUUCCACCCAACUUCCUACCUCAAGCUCCACCGCCGCAAGUGCCUCAGAACCCUCCUCAACUUCGCGAGCUCAAGGGACCAGUACCUCCCGUACCACAGUCCCAACAACCUCCUCCGCUUGCGGCUGCAGCCCAGUCAGUGUCUACUCCCGCGCCAGCACCGGUUGUCAACACUGGCGACGUCGACGAUCAAGCCAUGAUGAAGGCGCAGAAACAUGCCCGAUGGGCCAUUUCUGCGCUGAACUUUGAGGACGUCCCCACCGCGGUUCGAGAACUACGAGAAGCAUUGGCCACUUUAGGGCAGAGGUAAAGAGUCAACCUAAGCCUUUGGAAAACGUGGGUUGGAAAGUUGUCGCGUAUGAUUUGGGGAGCCAUGGAAGUGUGAGCCACACUACGAGUACUCUGGACAAGGUCCGCAGCGAGGGAAAGAGUCAUCUUCUCCUCACUCGUAUGAGUUCGUAUCCUUGCGGCUGCUGUUUGCUCUCUCUCACGGUCGGAUCACCCAAACGAAGGGGCAACACGAGACGGAAAAAGGGCAAAACCUUCAUACUCCAAUUUUUUUCCGUACGUACCUGUAUCUUUUGAUCCUGGGAUGACGAUCGAAGCCGGCCCUUUUUACACCCGUAAUGUCCAGGUACACCAAGGCUCAUCAUGUAUUUCGUUGUACGGGGAACGGCAAGGCCCCGGGCUCCGGCUCACAAGGCGAAUUCGUUUGGAUCCGGACAGACUUGCAAGGGAACCAAUGCAACACAAAUCAACAACAAAGUACCUAAUCACGACAUGUACAUGCAUGUAAAAUGGAGGAGAUCCGACCCUUUUUUUUUAAUUCUGUUCAUCUCCAUAUCCAACCAUGGAAUGUCGCAAAUGCCAGCGUUGACCGUCGUUAGCUACUGUAUGAUACUUACGUAAGGUUCCUAGGUAUUCAUGGCAAAUCUGG